AUGAAGGUGUUUCUCAUUAAUGGAGUGGUCAUGGGAGGAGGAGCCGGUCUAUCCAUGAACACAUAUUUUAGAGUUGUCACUGAAAGAACUGUGUUUGCCAUGCCAGAAGCAUCUAUAGGACUCUUUCCUGACGUGGGUGCUUCAUACUUUCUCUCAAGGCUUCCUGGUUAUUUUGGGGAGUAUCUGGGAUUAACAGGAAGACGUUUGAAUGGAGAAGAAAUGGUUAAAUGUGGCCUUGCUACUCAUUUCGUCCCUUCCGAGAAGCUAAAGUUGCUGGAAAAUGCCCUGCAGACUGUGACAACUUCAGAUAUUUCAACAAUUACUGCAUUAAUUGAUAAAUUUUCUGAAGUAGCUCAUCUUAAGGAAGACAGCCCCUUGAAGAGACUGGACACAAUCAAUAAAUGCUUCUCAAAACCAACCGUGGAGGAAAUUGUUCUAUCCUUGGAAAAGGAAAUAGAAGUUGAUGGAGCAGAGAAGUGGAUUGCAGAUGCAUUAAAUUACAUGCGUGAAUCUUGUCCCACAAGCCUCAAGAUAUGGCUUAGAUCAGUGAGAAAAGGCAGAGUACAAAGCAUUGAACAAUGCCUAUCUCGGGAUUACAAUAUUGCCUCCCAUUUCUUUCGAAGAAUUGUGAGCAACGAUUUCUACGAGGGUUCAAGAGCAAAGCUAUUUGAUAAAGACAAAAAGCCCAAGGUAAACAACAGUGUCUCUUGUUCAUUCCAUCGAGUUUGUGCGAUUUAA